AGCUGACCUGUUGACCCUGUAUGAGCGGGUGAUCCUAACAGACAUAGAGUUCAGUGACAGUCAGAACCUGGACCAGGCUCUAUGGAAGAACGUGUUCUACCAGGUUAUAGAGCACUUCAGGCAGCUCCUCAAAGACCCCAGCGGAGACUCAACCCUGCGCAUCACCCCCAUGCUGCUCACUCUGCUGGACGAGGGGACUGUGUUCUUUGAUGCACUGCUGCAGAAGCUUCAGACGGUGUUUCAAUUUAAACUGGAGGAUUACAUGGACGGCAUGGCCAUCAGACCACGUCCACUACGCAAGACGGUGAAGUAUGCUCUGAUCAGUGCCCAGCGGUGUUUGAUCUGUCAGGGGGACAUCGCCCGUUACCGAGAGCAAGCCAGCGACUCGGCUAACUACGGCAAGGCCCGCAGCUGGUACCUGAAGGCCCAGCAGAUUGCUCCUAAGAACGGACGACCUUACAACCAGCUGGCCCUGCUGGCUGUUUACACGAAGAGGAAGUUGGAUGCAGUGUAUUACUACAUGCGUAGCCUUGCUGCCUCCAACCCCAUCCUCACUGCCAAGGAGAGUCUCAUGAGUCUGUUUGAAGAGGCCAAACGCAAGGCAGACCAGAUGGAGCGGAGGAGGAAGCAGGAGUCGGAGGGGGUCCAGGGGCCCGGGGGUUCGAGGAGGAGGACGGGGGAGGAGGGGGCCAGGGUGGAGAUCUGGGUCGGCCCUAUUGGACAGGCAGGGGUUCCAUCAUCACACCGUGGGGGCAGCGAGUCCAGCAGAGACUCUGAACAGGAAGGAGAACUGGGCAACCUUAGCCCUAGUGAUCUCAAUAAGAGGUUUACUCUCAGCUUCCUCCACGCUCACGGAAAACUCUUCACUAAAGUGGGUAUGGAGUCGUUCCCUUCGGUGGCCAGUCGGGUUCUCCAGGAGUUCACAGUGCUGCUCCAACACAGCCCCUCCCCUCUGGGCAGCACACGCAUGUUGCAGAUCAUCACCAUUAACAUGUUCACGAUACACAACGCUCAGAGCAGAGGAGGAGACAGUGAGGUGAGAUCUGUGUUACAGGAACAGAGUACAGCUCUGGGUCUGACCAUGUUCUCUCUGCUGGUCCAACGCUGCACAGAGCUGCUGAGAGACACACCCGCAGAGCCCAUCCCAGCGGAGGAGAGAGAAGAGGGGCAGGAGGGGAUGGUGAGAGUUUCUGCCUUUCCAUUGGACCUGAGGGAGCUGCUGCCUAGCGUCAAGGUCUGGUCUGAUUGGAUGCUUGGACACCCCAACCAAUGGAAUCCACCACCUUGCCGUAUAGACUGUAGUCUUGAUGUGUGGCGUAGCCUGGCAGACCUGUGUAAUGCGUUGGCGCGUGUCGACCACGGCGAGGCGCCACUGUACAAGGCAGACGGGGACGGAGGCGAGGGGGAUGAGGAGCUCCGCCUGCUGCUAUUGGAGGAGGACAGGCUACUGGCCGGCUUCGUCCCGCUGCUCGCUGCCCCACAGGAACCCUGCUACGUAGACUGCACCGGGGAUACAGCGAUAGCUGCUGACUGUAAAAGGGUAACAGUAUUGAAGUAUUUCCUGGAGGCUCUGUGUGGACAGGAAGAACCUCUCCUGGCUUUUAAAGGAGGGAAGUACGUCUCCAUGGCAACCUCUCCCCAACCCGGUCGCCCCGGCGACGCACGCAGCAGACAGGACUCGCAGACAGAGAGAGAGAGUGAUGACGUCAUCGUGGAGGCGGAGUCGUCUGUGUCGGACGGUGAUGAUGGCAGUGAGGACGACAUCCGAGAGCUCCGGGCCAGACGCAGCGCCCUCACCAACAAACUGGCUGAGCAGCAGAGACGCAGGGACAAGAUACAGGCGGUGUUACAGACGUGUGGUCAGUUGGAGUUGGAGGUCCGUCCUCUUUUCCUGGUCCCCGACACCAACGGUUUCAUCGACCACCUCACCGGCCUCAAGACACUGCUUCAGUCUGGGACCUACAUUGUGGUGGUGCCCCUCAUCGUGAUAACAGAGUUGGAUGGUCUGGCAAAAGGGCAGGAGAGCUGCGAUGGCUCUGGCAGUGGGCGUGGUGGCAGUGGUUGUCGUGGAAACGCCGGUGGUGGUGGACCGACCCACGCCCGGUCGGUCCAGGAGAAGGCUAAGGUUGCCGUGGCGUUUCUGGAGCGAGGGUUCGAGGCCAGGGAGCCCUGUCUCAGAGCGCUGACCAGCAGAGGAAGUCAACUGGAGUCUAUCGCCUUCCGCAGCGAAGACACCUCCGGACAACAGGGAAACAAUGAUGAUGUCAUCUUGUCCUGCUGUCUCCACUACUGCAAAGAUGAGGCUAAGAGCUUGAUGCCUGCACAGACAAACGGUCCGGUGCGUUUGCGUCGGGAGGUGGUUCUCCUGACAGAUGACCGUAACCUGCGGGUCAAAGCCCUGACCAGGAAUGUGCCGGUCAGAGACAUCCCCGCAUUCCUCACCUGGGCCAAAGUGGGCUGAACCGGGUCACACACAGACCACGCCCAGAGCACCCAGACAACCAAUCAACUGCUGAUAACCGCUGGCCACCUCCCACACCACCUUGGAGUGGAGAAGGAGAAUAUACACUAAUGCAGAAGAGAAGACUGUUGGGGGGAGAGAGAGACGAAGGAGAAACUCAUUUUUUUUGUUGGUGGAAAAGCUCAAAUGAAAACUUUUUAAAAAAGCUUAUUUUUUGGGGGGGAGGAGUGGAAUGAGUUGAAUUGUCUGAGAGCUUUUUUCUCCUCUCGUUGUGGUGAGGUAGGUGUGUGUGUUAACUGCUUCUCUCAGAGGGAAGUAGGAGGGAGGACAGGAGCAGGGAGAGAUGCAGGAAGAACUGCAGAAGAGAGAGAGAGCGAGAGAGGAGGUGUGUGUGUUAUUAACUGGCUCUCCAUUCCAGCCCUUCAUAACUUCUGCAGUGUGUUCACAAGGCCAGCAGCAGUAUUUACCUCUGUGGAAACAACAGAGCAGAGAAGGAAGAGGGAGAGAGAGAGAGAGAGAGGUUAGGGCUGAGGAGGAAGGCCGUAGCCUGACUGAAGACUUAUCACUGGCUGUGUGAUUUGUCUGUUUAACUGACAUCUUGUCUGUAACCUCAGAGCAGCACAGAGAGAGGCCCUGUAGUGGCAAGGAGGGCGGCUGUGGUGAUGGGUUACCAGGUUCUGGUGUAUUAGAUAGGGGAUUGGUACCCCCGCCUUAAUCUCCUUGACGCGGAGCCACGCGCUCAGCCUCGGAUGGCCAGGAUGUGGUUUGCAUCCCAGUUGCCCAGCAACAGUGUUGGUGAUGUUGGUGCCCCCAGCAGCUUGAUGGUGACGGAGUCAUUUCCAAGUUGGGGUUUCUAUAAAGGAGCAGCUUUAAAAAAAAAAAAUCAAAAGACGAAGAAAAUAGACUUUUUCUGAUUUAGCAUUGUGGUUGUGGCGGUGUGUUUUAGUUGGUAUCCAUUGUGUGUGUGUGUGUGUGUGU